UCACUAAUCUCCCUCUCGCGCCGCAUCUCUCGCUUAUAGCACCCCCCUGCUCCACGUGCCUUUUCUCUUCAGCGCAGUGAUAGCCCUCGACUUGAUUCGCGAACCCACUGCGACAUGAUGCUAUGUUACAGCGUGGUAACAUGUUGACACGUCACAACCCGGCGAGGCGGCCAAAUCGAGGCAUCUGUAGAUGCGGGUGUCCCUCCCGGCCUCCAGGCACCGAUUUGCCUAAUUUACGCUUCACUGGUCACAAUCGCAGUUACGGAGGCUACAGUAGCAGCGCUGGUUACAGCGGUUACAGUCGCGGCGGUUACAGUCACGGCGGUUACAGUCGCCGUCAUCACACGGGGAAUUUGUAUGGCGACAACCAUCUGCUCGCAGUGCUCCUCCUGGCUUGCCUCGCCAUGCGCCCAGCCAUGGCUGCGGUGCCCCUGUGCAGCAAGUGCCUGUCGUCCGAUCUCUUGCCCGUGGCAGAGGACGGCCAGGAUGGCCGCCUGGGUCGAGUGCAGCAGUUCGAGCGAUCUCUGGCCGAUCAGAUCCACAUGGAGCGCCGGGACGCCCUGCUAUCGUCAGCAGCCCCCUUCGGGCGCACGCUUGACACGUCCACCCUCCCCUCUAUCAUGAUGGACUACUUCGAGCUCCAGACCAAGUACGGCCCGCGGCUCAAGUGCCGCGGGCCGCCCUGCCCCAAGUUCGGGCACUGCGGGCGGGCCUUUCCCAACGUGAAGGCGUGCUGGAACGAGCACCUGGCCGACACCUCCCCCGUCUUCCCCGCACUGCCGCUCAACUGCCCCCGACUGCAGCCGGUGGAGGACGUGAGGAGGCUGCGGCGGCCGUGGCAAUUCAUCAACCCGCAGUGCUCUCAUAGGUUGGAUGCGAACGCGAGGGGUGCGACGGCCAUGCAGGUGUUCAAGCUGACGGACGUGUACAGCGUGUAUGGCGGCUAUGUGUUCAACCGGACGCACAUGUUCAACCGCAACGGCUGCCUGCGCUUCCUCAAGACCACCCUGACCCCGGACAUGACAGUGUACCAUCUGAAGGCGGUCUUCAACUGGGACUACCGCCAGGCGGGCAACUUCUACCACUUCAUCAUCGAGGCCGUGCCGCUGCUUUACGCCGCCGCGCAGCUGCUGCCCACACUGAAAGACAUUCCAAUAGCCGCCAAGAGCGACCAGUGGGUGGUGUACGACAAGAUCGGGGUGCCCAUAGUGGGCGUGCCUCGCGAGGACAUGUGGACCAUCAGAGUGCGCGCAUGGGAGAUCAUACAUGCUGACACCAUGUGGCAGCCCAUGGCUCAGACGUGUGGCGGCCCCAAUAAAGCCCUGUGGACGCAUCUGCGGCGCCACCACCUGCUCCCGCCAGAUGGGCUGCCUCUUUUCCACCGUGACUGGACGCUGCGCUCCGUGCCGCCGCUGUCAGAUGCCGCCAUGGCAGCGCUGCCGCCCGACUGGGUGGUGGUGCUGGGGAAGCGCCCCAUGGCGAAGCGCGCGCUGGUGAACUGGGAGGGGCUCAGAGACGCGGUGUAUGAGAGCUUUGAGCGGGAGAGGAUCGUGCUGUUCCAGGGGGACCUGGCGAUCAUGGACGCUCGUGCUCUCUUCCGGCGAGCGCGCCUGUUUGUGUCGGGCCAUGGAGCGGCCUUCGCCAAUGUCAUCUUCAUGCCGCUCAACUCCUCCAUCUAUGAGAUCCGCCCCAAAGGUUGCUACAACGCGUGUUACAAUAACCUUGCAUAUGCAUGUUCCGUGCAUUACUACCUCUCGUUUGGAGAGGGCACGUGCUAUUCUUCUUUGCGGGCCAACUUGACGCAUGUGAGGGAAUCUCUUCCCGUUAUAGCUCAAAGAUUCAGAGAUGAGGAUGCUGGUCUUGCGGAACAAUAAAGAGAUACAGUAAUGUGAUGUGCCUGAGUAAUAUGAUAGCAUCCUAUGUUGUAGUUCACUCGCCAAAUCCUAGGGUAAAAGAGGCAGGGAGGGACUUACCGUAUGACAUAGAGUGCCGUAUGACAGAGUGUGGGGU